AUGUCAGGAAUUUCCCCUCCUCCGAUGGGCGUUCCUGGACGUCCGGUGCAGAGUCACCCUACCGAUGCGAAUGCACGCGAGAGACUUUCGUCCUUCAUCGUUGUCAGGAUGAAAAAGGCCGAUGUCACAAACGAUGUGGACGAGGGUGGAUACGCCCUUACGCCGUCGUGGGUCAAGGUAGAGCGCACCAUGCAGCACGACGCGCCCAAGCGCGAAGCGACACGCCAUGUCUGCUGGCUGAGCCGGUAUACCGAGCCGGUGGAGGAGAAGAAACGGUGCCUCCCUGAAAAGCUCAGGGACCAGCUCGACGACGUGCAGGGGCUGAUGGAGGACGAGGAGACCGACCAUCGGUUCUACACCUUCCUGGCCCAGAUCGCCACCGAAUAUGAGGAGCGCCGGGCCGAGCACGAGCCCAGCAAGCCCCGGAGCAAGGCACCCAAGCGCGGCGACAAGGACAAGGACAAGAAGUACAGGGAGAAGCACGGGACCAGGCCCAAGGACGGCAGGUACCGAAACGACCACAAGGCAAUAGUCUUCCUCGCACCACCCCGCAAGCCGUCUAAGAAGUCCCCCUCCCCCUCCUCCCACUCCUCCUCCCCCGAGCCAGAGCGCGAGCCGCAGCUGGUCGCGGUCACUGCCUACUUCAAGAGGGUGCCACGGACAGAAGUCAACUGCCUGGAGAUGUAUAAGAUGGAGCAAGGCAGACGAGACGAACCGUCCACGGAGCGCGUCGACAUGCGCCAGCAGGCUCCCCCCUACCCGCCCAGCAACCAGCAGCAACCACCGCUUCCUCGAGCUCAGCUGCCACAGGGGAACGGCACCGUCAUUCCCGCCGUGGACGUUUUUUCCUCCUGCCCCUGCCCGCGCUCCAGCGCCUCCUCGUCUGACUCCUGCUCCGGCUCCUGCUGCCGCCCCCGGGGCUGCCUCUCCCGUAUAUACCCACCCCCCAGCUCCGCCGGGUCAUGCUGCCCUUCCUCCCCCGCCUGCCCCUGGCCGUGCUCCGGCGCCUCCUCGUCCGACCCCUGGUCCGGCUCCUACUUCUGCUGCCCCUGCCCCCCCGCCUGCCCGUGGCCGUGCUCCAGCGCCUCCUCGUCCGACCCCUGGUCCGGCUCCUGCUGUCCACCCCGGGGCUGCCCCCACCGCGCAUCCUCGCCCCCCAGCCCCGCCGGCAGUGACGUGUCGAGUUCUGAGUCAGACAGCGACAGCGACCAGGAAAUCACAACGCCCCUCUCGUCUCCCAACUCUGAAGCCAGCAACAACAGACUGCCCAAGAAGGCGAGAAGUCCAAGUCGAGACCUUGACAUCGACGACGAGCAGAUCUCGGCCAGGGUUCAUCCGCCGAAAGUCUACGGGGCCUCCUCCAACAGGGAGCACACCCAACCACCUUCUCGGCGAGUAACAGUGGCACAGCAGCAGUCCCGACGCCCGAAAGAUUACAGGGAUGCGGAGACGCUAUCGGGGGCCGAAGACGGCUACCGUCCGCGGCAGGACACGGGGAGACGGCCUGCCCACGUCCCGGCUCAAGAUCCUCGCAGAGUCAUCAGCCAUCCUCCCGAGGACGAACUGAGGAUCGUCAGGCCCAGGGGCAACCGCCCAGACUGCUCCUACGCCGGGGACGGCCCCCCCAGGUCGGCACGGCAAGAUGACAGGCACCGCGCCCCCAGCAGGCAUCCUGCAAGGUUCACUGCGCCGGAGAGCAGCGCCGGCGCUAGAGCUGUGCCAGAAAAUCGUCGGCAGCACCUUGAGCCGGAAUCACGCCGCCCAGCAAACGGCCACAUCUCUGGCAUGAUGGCCCUAGGACACCCCCAUCUUGGGCAGGACCGUGGCUCGGCGCGGCGUCGUGACGCGUAUGAUGACUAUUACCCCUCUGGCAGCGAGCACGAGGAGUAUGACAAGGUGGCGCCUAGGCCGCCGAGCGAGGUCAGGAGGUACGCUAGGAGGACUGACAGGGACGGAAACGGUAGAGGGGGGUCGGCCAGCGACGUCCAGGUAGGGUCCGGCAGAAGCGGUCCGUAUCAUGGUCGUGAGGAGGCAUCGUACCGGAGAUGA